AUGCCCUCAGCGCCGCAUCCUGAUACAUACAAAGCGUAUGCCUUCCUCGAGAAGGGCGGUGACCUCAAGCCUAUUGACGUCACAUGGAGAGACCCACAAUCUGGCGAGAUUGUCGUGAAGGUCCUCGCGUGCGGAGUCUGCGCAAGGCACGUCCUCGUCGUUCUGGAAGCACCGCUUUACUCAAAUUGCUUUUUUCCCUUUCGUGACGUUCCCUCGUGUCCCGGGUCACGAGAUCAUCGGAGACGUCGUCGCUAUACCGGAGACAGAGAAGAUCUGGAAGGUCGGACAACGCGUCGGCGCCGGCUGGCACGGUGGGCACUGCUCGACAUGCUCUGGUUGUCGGGCAGGCAAUUUCUCCCUGUCUUGUUACCGACGGCCGUUGCGAGUGUCCCCGACGAUAUCGACCCUGCGGAAGUGGCACCCCUGAUGUGUGCUGGGGUAUCGGUCUACACCGCACUUCGUGACAUGAACGCUCAUGCACCUGAUGUAAUUGGAAUUCAUGGAAUGGGAGGCCUCGGCCACCUUGCCGUACAAUUCGCAAAGGCGAUGGGAUUCCGUCCUGUCGUCCUCUCUUCCACAUCUGAAAAGGAGGAGCUGGCCUUCAAGUUCGGCGCGUACAAGUUCCUCGAUGGAUCCAAAGUGAACCAAGCCGAGGAACUUGCCAAGCUGGGUGGAGCGAAGGUUAUCCUCUGCCUCGCUCCGGACGACAAUGUUGUACAGUCCCUUGUCAACGGUCUCGCGCCAGGUGGCGAGUUCUUUAUCCUCGCUGUCUCGCAGGGUGGAACUGUGCCCCUAGGCUUGUUCGUUGGCAAGAGGCUGAACUUACGCACGGGCGGCGCUGGGACGGCCAAGGAAGAAGAAGAAACGAUUGACUUCGUGGGAGCGCAUGACAUUAAGGUCCUCGUGAACAAAUUCCCGUUGGCAGAAGCACAGAAGGCAUACGAGCACAGGUCCGCCGCCCGCUUCAGAUCGGUUAUCAUUCCGUGA